AUGUAUCUCAAUUCUUAUUCUAUUUACUUCUGUUCGUAUCUAUCUAUCUAUCUAUCUUGGUCUGUUCGUAUCUGUCUCUGUUGGUAUCGUUCUAAUUCUGUUCUUAUCUAUCUAUCUAUCUAUCUAUCUAUCUAUCUAUCAGUCUGUUCUUAUCUUUCUAUCUCAUUAUGUUCGUAUCUAUCUAUCUAUCUAUCUAUCUAUCUAUCUAUCUAUCUCAGUCUGUUCGUAUAUGUCUCUUUCCGUAUCGUUCUAAUUCUUUUCGUAUCUAUCUAUCUAUCUAUCUAUCUAUCUAUCUAUCUAUCUUAUCUGUCAUCCUAUAUAUCUCUGUCUGUUCUUAUCUUUCUAUCUCAUUUUUUUUUAUCUAUCUAUUCAUUCAUCUAUCUAUCUAUCUAUCUAUCUAUCUCAUUCUAUGCCAUCCAUUUCCCCUCUGUAUAUAUAUUCGUAUCAAAUAAUUGUUCAUAUCUAUUUAUCUAUCUCACUCUUCUCGUAUCCCCCAUCUCUCUCUCUCCCUCCCUCCCUCUCUCAGUCUCUCUCUCUCUCUCUAUCUAUCUAUCUAAUAUUUUCGUAUUUAAUUGUUCAUUUCGUAUCUAUCUUUCUCAGUCUUUUCUUACGUAUGCAUCUAUCUAUCUAUCUAUCUAUCUAUCUAUCUAUCUAUCUAUCUAUCUAUCUAUCUAUCUAUCUAUCUAUCUAAUUUAA